UCCGGUUCGUUAGAGAAUUGCAAAUCUUCUUCACUCGAUUAACUUUGGACUUUGAAGAAUCAAGCCACGAACAAGAACGGUCAGCGAAUCAGGAGAAAGUUUCGAGAAAAUGCCUGUCAUGGAGAAGCUGAAGAUGUUCGUAGUUCAAGAGCCCGUGGUGGCUGCAUCUUGUAUAAUCGGAGGAAUUGGUCUUUUCCUUCCAGCCUUCGUAAGGCCAAUUCUGGAUUCCUAUGAAGCAUCUAAGCAAGUUCCUCAGCCCGUAUUAAGUGAUGUGGUUGCAAGUAUGACUGGAAAGAAAUAAGGAUGAUCUGUAUCAGUGACACUAGAAGAUUGUUCUUAAUGUAUCACUGUUUCUCUUUUUUUAAUCAAUUUUCAUUUUCUUCGGCCAUAAAAUAAGGAUGUACAAUGUUUUUGGAAAUCAAGCUUCAUAUCAAUAGUUAUUAUCAUACAUUGCCAUUGAUGCAUAAGACUGAUUUUCAAGUUAUUUAGCUUUAAUCAGUCCUUUUGAAGUCUGAGUGAAACUUGCCUCACCACUAAUUCAGGUCUAUAAACUCGUUUGGUUCUUUUAAGGUGGGAUUGAACAAUUGACCUUUGAGAUGAUAUCCUCCAAGCUAUAAAUUCGUUUGGUUUGUAUUGCUUCCGUCAA